AUGGUGUCGACGAGCCUGGUCGUCGUCCUCGCCGCCGUCGCCGCCGUGCGAGCGAUGGAGCAGCCUCUUGCUCGCGUCGUCUUUGGCUCGUGCAACAACCAGGCCGAGAAGCAGCCGCUGUGGCCUGCCAUCGCGGCGCAGAAACCCGACCUCUUUGUCUGGCUCGGCGACAAUAUCUAUGGCGACUACCGUGUCGUGGACGCGUCUUCGUUUCUGCCGCCCUUUCCGCUCUUCCGCGAUGCGCCCCCGGCGAUGCUCGCGGAGAAAUACGCCAAGCAGCUCGCGCAGCCCGAGUACGCUGCACUCCGCGCGUCGACGCCCAUCAUUGGCACGUGGGACGACCACGACUACGGGCGCAACGAUGGCAGCAAGGUCUAUCCGUUCCGGAAGGAAAGCCAAGCGCUCUUCCUCGACUUUCUCAACGAGCCGAAGGACUCACCUCGUCGCCAACAAGAGGGCGUCUAUGCGUCGUACACGUAUGGCUCGGGCGACCGCGCUGUCAAGUUUAUCCUCCUCGACGUCCGCUACCACCGAGACCUUUACGGCACGCCGGACGGGGACUUUCUUGGCCCGGACCAGUGGGCAUGGCUCGAAGCCGAGCUCACGUCGUCGACCGCGGCCUUCAACUUCAUCGGGUCGGGCAUCCAAGCGCUUCCAGACGACCGGUGGUACGGCGCGGAGAACUGGGGCCGACUCCCGAGUGCGCGCCAGCGCCUCCUCAACUUGGUUUUGACAUCGCCCGCCAAAGGCGUCGUCCUCCUCAGCGGCGAUGUGCAUUUCGCCGAGGUCAACCAAGUCGUGUGUGGCGCUGCGACGCUGACCGAAGUCACGAGCUCGGGCAUGACUCACGCGUGGCAAUACGUCAACACACGGCUCAAGCUCUUCCCGACAUGGAUCUUCACCCUCGGGAAUCUCAUGCUGCCGUGGCACUACCGUGUCGAGCCGUCCAAAUACUUUGCCGGACUCAACUUUGGCUCGAUCGCGUUCGACUGGCAGGUGUCGCCGCCCAUCGCGAUGCUCGCAGUCCACAACGCCGACGGCCAUGUCAAGCUCACCCAGCGUGUGGCCUCGGCGCCUCUGCCAGCAUCCUCCGCCAGCGACUGCGUCGCCCCGCACGCAGUCCACCCCGUGACGUACAUGCUGCAAUGCGUCGCGCUGUGUGUCACAGUCGUGUCGCUCGUGCUGAGCCUACCCGCGAACCUCGUGCUCGCACUCAUCUUGCUGAAACGCGCCGUGUCGCGGCCGGUGGUAGCAGCCAAGAAGGCCGAGUAGAGCUGCAUCCUACUACUAGUGCGUAGUACCGGUACUAGCGCGUAAUGCAUGCGCCACAUCUC